AUGCUGCCGUAUUUCAUUGAAGAACUGGACAAAGAAUACUCGGUUGAAAUCAAUAAAGAGAAUCUAUUGUCACCGUUUUUCGAACUUUACGUUCAGUACGAUGCUCAAGUACGGGACUUGGCCAUCUAUGAAGAUGAGAGAAUUAGCCAUGUUUUAAUAAGCCCGAAAAUGAUUGAUGAAAUUCUCAGAUAUAGCAAGACUCUGUUUUCGAAAAUUACCCUGUUGCAUUGCGGAGGACUCAUCGAAGCCGGGUUAAUCUCUCACGUUUACCGAUCGUUGGGGGAGCAUUGCAAAAAUAUAGAAACAUUGAGUGUAGGAGAAGAAUUUCUGAGCUAUGGCGUUAGCGCGAGUGAUAUAUCCGAUGAUUCUUCUGAAAUCAGCGGGUUUAUCCGCUCUCAAAGUAAUUUGAAAAAGUUUGCGUAUUAUGCUGAAACGGAAAUUCCGCAUUUUAUCAUACCUGUGCUCAAGACUUUGGAAGAACACGUGCCGAGGCUGGAAAUCUUGCAAAUUCAUAACAUGCAUUUCAGCAAGCGUAUCAUUGAGCACCUUAUUGCGUCUUUGAAAAAAUUCGAACAUUUGAAAAAGUUGACCUUCUUCAACUGUUACGAAAUAGAGCAUUUGUUAUAUCUUUUUACUCAAAUGAGAACCUUUAGCGAGAGAACAGAGGUCGGAUUUAUGUCUUGCACGUUUCAGAACAAAGAGUUUACAUUUUAUCUGCAAAAUAUUUUAAAUUCGAUACCGAAGUCUGACGAGUUGUAG